AUGGCAUUUGCACCUCCUAGAAGCAUGGAUGCCCCCAAGCUACAGACCAAGAUGAGCACAUGGACUCCACUGAACCAUCAACUCAUGAAUGACAAGGUAUUUGAAGAAAGAAGAGUCCUGCUUGGAAAAUGGUUUGACAAGUGGACAGAUGGUCAGAGGCGGAGGAUCCUGGUGGACCUGUUGGAACGCUGCUCCCUAUCACAGCAGAAAUUCUGUGCCAAGCAGCUCCAGGAGCGAGUUCCCACUGAGGCCCUAGAUUUUACCACAAAGCUUCCUAGAGUCCUGUCUUUAUACAUCUUUUCCUUCCUGGACCCACGGAGCCUCUGUCGAUGUGCACAGGUGAGCUGGUACUGGAAAUACUUGUCUGAACUGGAUCAGCUCUGGAUGCUGAAAUGCCUGCGUUUUGGCUGGUACAUCAACUUCACUCCAACUCCCUUUGAGCAAGGAAUCUGGAAAAAACAUUACAUUGAGAUGGUGAAAGAGCUGCAUGUCUCAAGACCAAAGACUCCUUCAAAGGAUGAGUUUGUGGUUAUAGAUGUGCAACCAGUAAGAAGUAACACCCCAGAGAGAAAACCUUCUGUGCCAGGAAGUAGGACAAACAAGGAGAGGAAAAAGCUGCUGCCAUGGCGUUCAUCAGACAGGCACCCUACAGACACCAUCCGAUUCAACUACCUCGACAACUACGACCCCAUCGAGCAGGCCAGGCAGGCGAGAAAGAAAGGAGGAGGACAGACCCCAGACCUCAGCCGGCAGGCAGCUGUGAAAAAAAAGAGAGAGGGUCAUGGAUCUAAUAGGCUCCAGAAAGCAGAAUCACUGCUGUCAUUUUCUGCAGAUCUUGAGUGUGUUCCUAAACCACCAGUUCGUCCCAGCUGGGCCACUCGUCAGUCAACUGGGAACUUGCUGCCCUCCAAAGCAGCAGCAAAGACCCUGGCCCAGAGCCCCCUGUGGAAUGCUGGGAUACGACCUGCACCUGUUCGAGCUCCAGUGCCAAAGCCACUUGAAGGAGGAAAGAAGGACUUCAUAAGGACAGCCAACAGAUCUCCUUCAUCUCCACUGUUUGAAGCUCAGCCCUGGCACAUUCCUUCAUCUAACCAAGGAUCUGACACAGAGUAA